AUGAGUAUUCCGUCUGCGGUUGUGGCCCUUCUCGGUGGAUCGAUGCCGGCCACCGACUUUGCCAGUUGUGGGCCGAAUGGGGUGGUCCCUACUAACCUCCGCCGACCACCCCUGGAGUUCCACUGCCGUUUGAAAAUAUCCCAGGGAAUGGUAACGCGCAUUAGCGUGAGCAGGCCUGUGCUUCCGUGUGCGCAGCUGAAGGUGCAGGCCUACUUCUAUCGAAGUUGA